AGGGCAUAACGUAAUAAACGAAGGAAAAAGGUUAAGGAAAGAAAAGAAAAAAGAAAAGGAUGAAGGGGGUAGCAGGAGGGCCGUUGCUGUGCAUAGGAGAUUUACUAAGUGAUCUUGAUGAGAAACACCAUCAACAACAAGAAUCACUUGAAAAAGAUUCAGUUUCUUCUUCUUCUUUAAACAUUGAUUCCAAUUUGGAUCUCACCAAGCUUUUCCAGGAACACUACACCCACUUGAAUAGUGCACUUUCCGGAACGGAUCAUUCCUGGACAGCUCUCACUCUGAAGUUAUGUACCUCUCUGGAAACUGCAAACGAGUUGAUCCAGUCUACCAAUUCAAAUGUCAUGUUGCUAUCUGAAAGAGUUCAAGAGCUUGAGAAAGUUGUCAAGCGUGGAGACUCUGCUGUUGCAGCUGCGAAGGCUAUUCAUGUUUCUCUAAACCAAAAGGGAGGUUCGUUUAGUCGCAGUCAAAAUUCCCAGUAGUUCCAAUCUUCUUUGGUCCUGGUAAAGUCACUAUCCAUCUGGUUCAAGUCUUAGUCGUCAUGUAUAUUUCUUUUAUUGAAAUAUCACCUUCUUAGUGACAAUUAGUCGCUGCAAUUUAGUACUUUUAGUACGAACAUUAACUAAUUAGUUGCUGCAAUUUGAGUCUGGCGUGUUAAACAAGCCUGUCGAGAUCAACAAUACACGGCCAUUAGGAUUUUUUUUUUAUCAAAACAUGAGUCAUAUUGCUAUUUAAGACGAAUACUGGACAUGCCUAUGAAUUGAACUUUACUGAACUUACUAGUUGAUACAGUUCCAAGAUGCUAUUAUCUACGUUGCACGGAAAUUUCUCGAGUCAUACGUUUUGCCCCUUUGUUUCUGUUUCUGUAAAUGCCUAUGAAACUCUGAAACUAAAUAUAUAUAACCUAUUUUUAUAGAAAUACAGCAUUUUUGUUUCGGUA